AUGAUGAGCCUAACAUACAUUGUUGGUCCCCCCCAAUCCUUUUGCAUGGGGAAAAAAGUAGGGUAUCUUCUAUUGGAAACUCACAAUUUUUUCUUAUAUAUUACAAUUUACAACCCCAUUUUUUCCCCCUAACCCUAACUGAUAUUUUCUCUAUCUCUCUCUAAUCAUCAAUGGAACAAGAUCAUCAAGAAAUGCAACUACUCUCCUACUCAAGCACCCCACAUCCUCUUCCAUGGCCGGGCCAAAGCCCCUCGGUGGACCUCCAGCUGUCGAUAAGCGUGGGGGGGCCCUCGGUGGAGGCCCUGAAGUGGGAGGCAGCGGAGCAGAUGAGGCUGGCGGGCGUGGAGAAGGCGUACGCGGAGCACGUGAUGGAGAUGAGUCGGAGGGAGAUGGAGGUGGCGCAGACGGAGUUUUUGAGGGCGCGGAGCCUGUGGGAGAGGGCGAGGGAGGAGGUCCAGAGGGCCCACAAGAUGAGGGAGAGAGCAGCCGGCAUGGAGAUCACAUGUCUCUCCUGCAGGCACAAGUUUAGGCCUACUAAUUGAUCUCUCUUCAUUUUCAUACUACUACUAAUAAAUAACACUAUAUUUCCUCUUUCAUUUAUCAAAAUAUCUUGUAGUAUAUCAAAUAUUGGGAUUGGGAGGGUUGAUGAUGGAUUCAAAUGAUUAAGAUGGGGUUGAUUUACAUAUUUCACCAGGUAAAGCUAUCAAUUUUCUUUCUUUAAA